AUGCCGACUACACCGCUUGCCCACACCCCCUUGCUUUUCCUUGACAAUCCUUCCAUGCGUCUGGACAGAGGGCCUUAUGGUAUUAGGCCCUUUGUCAACAACCACUUUCGCUUAUUAUGCGGCCUACGUCCCAUCAGAGACGCCGAGGACGCCAAGCCAGACAAUGAGGAUAUUCAUGAUUCAAGCGGUAUUCCAUUGGAGUAUGCAACACUAUCUGACGGGUUCUUGCUUACAGAAGAAGCAUAUAAGGGCAUUCCAGCCAGUUACCAACGAUAUUUUACCAAGCCAUGUCGGGAACUCCAUGCUCAAUACCUUGCGCAAGCAAUCAAAUACGCAUCUCAGCAUUGCAAAGCUGCUUCCAGCUCCAAUGGGAAAAGCAAGAAGAGGGGACCAAGUGCUAGGAAGGCCGCAAUACAAGACGUAGACGACAUCACUCAAUCAUGCAUCAGCAGUACUGCCGCAAAGUGUAUUAGUGGCCACGCUCAGUUCAAAGGAGCCAUACUUGGAAUGUACAAUUGGUCCAAUGGGGUUAUGGGGCGCAUGGCGGAUCUUAUGAGGCGUACUUUGCGCUCGCCAGUCCAUGCGUGGCGCGACUUGGCUAUGGAUGAGCCAGAGGUCAAUCCAUACUCCUUGACAAUAAAGUCAUCCAAAGGGGUACUCAACAAGAUUAUUACCCAAGCCUCGAUGGAGCUUUUUGGGACCUGCGCACUUACCUCGUCAACUCGAGUCCCUAGGCCUGGCUACAAGGCAUUUGUACGUGCAAUUCUCGAGCGAGUUUGGGAGCGGGAGUUGCGGCGCCUUAACAGAAGCCUGGUUACGGCGGCAGAGACAAGGGACAAGUGCAAGGGCGCUUUGGAGACUCUGACUCCAGACGUUGCGGAGAGCCCCACCUGGGAAAACCUCAAGGAAGCUAGUGUUUCCUUGAAGAAAUACAAAGAUCUGGUCGAAUUGACUGGUGGCGAGAUGGACGAAUCAAUCGGGAAACUGGAGAAAUCAUUCGAAGACGUUUGGGUUGCUUUGGGAUACGUGCGUGCGGACAACGGCUUAAUUCGCCGAAUCAAGGCAACAAAGAAGGCAAUGUUGAUGACCGAGGACGAAAUGGAUCGGGCGUACACCAACUACGUGGAGCUGCAUUUCCCCCCGCAAAAGGAGGGCGUCAAAGAAUUGACGGAAAAUCUUGCUAACGCAGUGAGCUUGGAGGAGGGCGUGAAUGCUAACCUUUUGGCAGGGUCGGAAGGGUCCGAUAUUGGUGUCUCAGAGUUUGCUAACACAAGCCUUGACGAAAUGUUCCGACUACUUGGUCUUUCUUUGACGAUGAGCAUUCCAUUCACGAGCAAAGAGUACAAGUCCCAAUGGCAUCAGCUGGUGGCGGUUGCGGUACAGCUCAAAGGGAUGUUUACCAAGCAACUGGGCGAACAGGCUUGA